UAUUCCCACCUCCAUAUAUAUACGACACCUGUUUUAAUAACAAACGUUCUUUCAUAUAUCUGAUUUUUUCUCUCUCGGAUUUUCUCCUUCCCCAUCUUCCUCUUUCUUUCACAAGUGUGUGUAUCUUUUGGAUAUAUUUUUUUUUUUGGGGGGAAAGAGAAACCAAAAGAGGAUUCUCUUUUUUUCACGCAAGGAUGAUGGAAGGAGAAAAGAGAAAGCAAAGGCAACACCAACAAGAUAAGCCAUACAGAGGUAUACGGAUGAGGAAGUGGGGUAAAUGGGUGGCUGAAAUUAGAGAACCACACAAACGCUCUAGAAUUUGGCUUGGUUCUUACUCUUCCCCUGUAGCUGCUGCCCGUGCUUACGACACGGCUGUAUUUUACUUGCGAGGUCCUUCAGCUAGGCUUAAUUUUCCUGAAUGCAUAGUUGACGACCAUGAAAUUCACGAUCUAUCUGCUGCUUCUAUUAGGAAGAAAGCUACUGAGGUGGGUGCUAGAGUUGAUGCCCUCCAAACAGCGAUUCACAAUUCUACUGCUAAUCCUGCUGAAUCCAACUGUAAUUCGAAUUCUAAACCCACAAGGGUCAUGAUGAAGCCGGAUUUGAAUGAAUAUCCUAGCCCAGAAAGUUGCGAGGAAGAUAAUUGAACUGAACCCCUUCAAAUUAAAUCCACAAACGGCGAUUUACUGAGCGAAAAGGGAAAGGGGGAAUUAUUGUUAUGGCGAUUACAUAUUUUGAGGAAUCCAUGUUUGUAUGAAAUAUAAUCCGAAGGGAUUAUAUGUUAAUAUUAUCACUUAUGGUAGUUGUUAAAGAAAAUUAAUCCCAAAAUUACGAUUAAUAUUUUU